AUGACCGUGCCUUAUCAUCUCCUCCUUGGGGUGCUGGCAGUUCUGCUCGUGGCGGUGUCCUGCGCAAAAUCUUACCGCCGCCUCAAGCAUAUACCCGGCCCUACGGUGGCAGCAUUCACUGAUCUGUGGCGCUUCCUGGACGUUUGGAAACGUCAUCACCAUGACACAAACCUGCGCCUGCACAAAAAGCACGGUGAUGUGGUCCGACUGGGACCCAACUACGUGAGCAUAUCCAUGCCGGACGCCAUUGAAUCUAUCUACGGCAUCGGGAAAGGUUUCAGCAAGUCUCACUUCUACAGUCCCUGGCAGAACAUUAUCAAUGGGAAGAGGGUUCCGUCUCCCGUCUUCAUGCAGGACGAGGCACUGCAUGCAAAAGUCAAGCGACCUAUUGCCCCGGCCUACCAGCUCUCCAAACUCGUCGAAUUUGAGCCGUCCAUCGAUUCCACCACCGCUGCCUUUUUCACUCGCCUUGACAGCAUCGCUGCACGGCCAGAGGCCCAGCCACUAGAUUUUGGCACCUGGAUUCAGUACUUCUCCUUCGAUGUCAUUGGAGAGUUGACCUUUUCACGACGUCUCGGCUUCGUGAAGCAUGGCCGAGACGUGGAAGGGGUCAUUGCCUCUAUCGCUCAAAACUUCGAUCGGAACUCGGUGCUAGGCCAGAUGCCCUGGGUAGACCUGGUGACUUUCAAGAACCCCUUGUACCUAAAGUUCUUUGCCAAACAGAUGCCAUCGCCAAUCGUCAAAUUCGGCGCCCGUCGCUUGCAGGAGCGCCUGAACCCGGACAGCAAAGCAGAAAAAGGCGACGUAGAGGUAACCGACCCAGAGCUCCGCCUGAAGGCUGUCAGCUCAACUGAGCUCGCGGAGAGAGACUUUCUGUCUCGGUUCUUACAAGGCAAGGAUACCCAUCCGGACGUGGUUGAUGACAAGCAGGUGCUUGCGUAUUUGUUUCUUAAUAUCAACGCCGGCGCAGAUACGGUCACUACGACAUUGCGUGGUCUGUUCUACCAUCUUUUGAGGAAUCACUCGACGCUCGACGUCGCAACAUCCGAGCUUUUGAACGCUGUGAAGCAGGGGACCAUGUCCAGUCCAUUUCCUACAUUUUCGGAAGCUCAAAAGCUACCCUACCUCCAAGCUGUGAUUAAAGAAGCAUUGAGAUUUCACCCAGCUAUCAGCUUGCCCUUGGAACGCGUCGUCUCAUCCGCCGGGCUCGUUCUACCGGACGAGUCAAAGACUUUUCUGCCUCCAGGUACUAUUGUGGGUAUCAAUGCCUGGGUACUACAUCGCGACCCGAGAAUUUUCGGUCGCGAUGCGGAGGUUUGGAACCCACAAAGGUGGAUUGAUGCUGAUACAGCUCAGCUGAGGCGAAUGGACGCGCACCUGUUCUCUUUUGGAGCAGGAAAGAGAACGUGCUUGGGCCGGCACAUUGCAAUGCUGGAGUUGAAUAAGAUCGUGCCAGCCCUGUUGAUUCGUUACGAUAUGCGUCUGGCGGAUCCUGCGAAGGAGUGGAAGCUGAGAAACUCGUGGAUCGUCACGCAAUCUGGGAUCGAGGUGUGCCUCAAAAGAAGAGACGGGACUGGACAGAAGGUUGUCUAG